AUGGCUCGCUUGUGGGUUCAGGUUACCAAGAAGAAGCAGUUCUUUUGUGUCUUAUACAGUGCAUUUUGCUGCGUUUUCUUCUACGUCGUAGUGGCGGUGGUGAGGCACCUGUUAAAGGACACGCGCCCGUUGUCCAAGGGAUAUCUGCUACAGACCCCCGGCUGCUCGCUUCCGCUCUACGACUCCUAUCAUUGGACCCUUGGCCCCUCGUUAGCCCAAGAUGUUCCUUACGAAAGGAUGUGCUCGAGCCAAAAGCCCACUGUCCUUGUCCAGCAGUACGACCGCCUCACUUUGAAUGCCAGUGCUCUUCGCCGCAACUACAAUGUAUCUGAGCGGAGCAUCACGUGUUACUACCGCGAGGUAUUUCGAAAUGAAAGUGCUCGGCAGCCCGACAACACGCCGAUGCUCGGACCAGCCGUGCCACUGAAACUUGGGGCUAGACUCAGCGCGGAGUACGUGCGAGUCACGUGCGAGGCGUACAAUAAAACUCUCUUCAAGGAAUGCUUUCUUCUGCCUCGAUCGAAACCGCUCGCAACAAAUGAAGCGGGGCCAAACGAAAGGUCACCAGGGGAUGACAGGACUAUGAGCGUUCUAAUCCUCGGCCUUGACUCGACGUCCAGGAUGAACUUCCAUCGCUGGAUGGUCAAGACGGGCAGAUAUCUCAAAGAAGAACUGAACGCGUUUGAAUUUCUCGCUCUCAACAAGGUCGAGGACAAUACUUAUCCCAAUUUGAUUCCCCUUCUCACAGGAAUGGCCGGCUCCGAAGCGGAAAGUAUAUACAGACGAUAUGGAAAAUUCGAUGUGCUCCCGCUUGUUUGGAAGACUUACAAGCGCAAAGGUUACACGACACUGUUCAUAGACGAAUGGCAGAUCGCAGGCCUUUUCGUCUUGCAAACCACAGACGAUUCCAGGCCAACUUAUGCUGGGUUUAUGAGCGUGCCUACCGAUUACUGCCCAAGUUCUAUCCUACGGCUGAUGGACGACCAAGACGGGAACAAAACAAAGUGCAUGGGUUCUCGCUUAAAGACGAGAAUACUGGUCGAGUACUUAGCUGACGUCUUGAAACUCAAUCGCGAGAGGCCAAUGUUCUCGUUUGUCUGGUUCUCGCACGUCACUCACGAUAUCAUAAAUGGACUUCAGCUCAUGGACGAUUCACUGGAGGCCUUUCUCAGGGAGCUGUCGGCAUACGGCAUCUUGGAAAACACUGCUCUACUGUUCAUGAGCGACCACGGCUUGCGCAUGGGCGACUUCAGGGGUACCGAGAUCGGUCGCUACGAGGACAAGAACCCCUUCUGUUUCUUAGCGCUACCGAACCGCUUUCUGGCGGAUAACCCGGUGCCUGCCGCCCAGUUAGAGGUGAAUCAGCGCCGCUUGAUCACCAAUUACGACCUGCACGCCACGCUGAUCGCCCUGUCCAAAUUGCCCGAACUUGACACGAACUCCACCGAAAAGGGUUUGAGUCUCUUCGGCCCGAUACCCUCGGAGAGGACGUGCGCUGACGCUUACAUACCACGUCAGUUCUGCGCCUGCCUUGACGAGAGCCGGAAGCUGGACGAUCUCGAGGUGUCGUUGUCCUUCGCACAUCACGCCGUGGCUCACAUCAACGCCUUGGCGGAGCUGCACUUCCAGAAACGCUGCGUCGUCUGGCGGCUCGGCAGCGUCGAUGACGCCUCCAUUCUCGGGAGCUUCGCGGCCGGUGCGGUGCAGCUCCGGAUGCAGAUAACCAUGGUGCCGGCGGCGGUCUUCGAAGUGUACGGCACUGUCGGUAACCUGUCUUCGUCGGAUAAGCGUGUGGACCUAGUACUGAGGCUGGACAAGUACGGCAGCAAGACCACGUGCCUGCCCAGAAGCAAGUGGGAGAGAAUUUGCACGUGCAAGUCUCUAAACCGGUCGUCGACGCCGCGGGAAACUUUACCAUUUCGGCUUUGGCUUCUCGCGUUGACUCUGGCGGCAGUAGUUCUUGCUGAGUGUACUUUAUCGCGAAUGUAAUAUCUUUUUUAA